CAAUCGCGGGCUCCACAGAGGGUCAUGUGACCGGAGCAGGAAGCGUGAGCUAGCAAAGGUUCUUUGAAUCGUUCACACACGCGGUGUUCUGACUGAGUGGAAAAUGGCACCUACAGGUGAAGUCGUGUUUGGCUCUGGGGACCGGGUCUGUGAUGACAACCGCUUGCGCUGGGAUCUCACUCCCGACCGGAUCCAGCAGCUUACUGAAGAACUUACUGCCAAGACCAAAAAGGUGUAUGACAUGGUCGGUGCGCUGGACGUGUCCAGUGUCAGCUACGAGAACACCCUGAAGGCCCUCGCUGAUGUGGAAGUGGAGUACACAGGGGGGCUCCCUGAGGAUUUCCUCAACUCUCUGGAGAAGGAUGAGUCUGGAAAACUGAAGCUCACUCUGAAGUAUCCUCAUUACUUCCCCACCAUGAAGAAAUGCUUCGUCCCAGAGACACGGAAGAAGUUAGAGGAGGCUUUCAACUCGCGCUGCAAACAGGAGAACUCCGCUAUCCUGAAGGAGCUUGUAGAGUUGCGCUCUCAGAAGAGCAGCCUGCUGGGCUUCAGCACUCAUGCCGACUUUGUGCUUGAGAUGAACAUGGCCAAGACCUCCAAGACGGUUGCAACUUUCCUUGAGGAUCUGGCCCAUAAACUGAAGCCCCUGGGUGAGCAGGAGAGGGCCGUGAUCCUGAAGCUGAAGGAACAGGAGAGCCAGAAGAGGAAUCUGCCCUUCACUGGAGAACUCCACGCCUGGGACACGCGCUACUACAUGACCCAGGUGGAGGAGACCCAGUAUGCAGUGGAUCAGAACCAACUGAAGGAGUAUUUCCCAAUGGAGGUGGUGACCAAGGGCCUACUGGACAUCUAUCAGGAGCUGCUCAAUCUCAGCUUUCAGAAGGUGGAGGGCACACCUGUCUGGCACGAUGACGUUACGCUGUACUGUGUUAAAGAUCGCACCUCCGGGCAGGUCAUUGGCCAGUUUUAUCUGGAUCUUUUCCCCAGGCAGAUGGCGGUGGCUGCCAUGGUGGCUAACUUCAGCAAGCCCACCGCUGACGCGCCGUCCCUGCUGCAGCACGAUGAAGUGGAAACGUACUUCCAUGAGUUUGGACAUGUGAUGCACCAGCUUUGUGCUCAGACCAACUUUGCGAUGUUCAGUGGGACUCAUGUGGAGAGGGAUUUUGUGGAAGCUCCGUCUCAGAUGUUGGAGAACUGGGUCUGGGAGAAGGAGCCCCUGCAGCGCAUGUCCAAGCACUACAAAACAGGAAACCCCAUUCCAGAGGAGCUUCUGGACAAACUCAUGAAGUCUAGACUUGCUAACACAGGUGACCAUAGAACACACAGUGGUCACUUUCACAAAUAA